AUGUCGGGCGUCUGCUCGCUCGUCGCGACCUUCGUCGUCCCAGGCGUGGGCGGUAUCAUCGUCAACGCUCUAGGCAACAUCAUCGAGCUUUGCCAGGAGCUGGAGGAGAACGAGAAGAUGUGCACAGCUGUCUACAAGCGCCUGCAGUUCGUCAGCGAGGAGCUCAGCAAGAUCUCGGACGAGGAAGCCAUGCGCCAGAACCGCGUGCUCUUCAUACGAUCGCGAAAUUCCUCAAGUUUCUGCAGAAACAGUCGAAAAAGAGUUUUAUCAAGCGCCUCGCCAGUAAUCGCAAAGUGGUGGCUGCCAUCCAAGACUUUAACGAAGACAUCGACGAGCUCGAGAAUGGGACGAGGGUCGACGCAGACAGGAGCAAAUGCUGCUGAGCAUCGCCGGCGAAUCCACGCGGAUAUGCAGAACAAAGAGAACAAUCUGGUGGAAAGUCUGGCCAUGCUGAAAUACGAAAUGACCCACAAGAAAGCGCAAAACUCCAUGGCUACACUGGCGAUGAUGAAGAGGACAUUCAACAAGAUCACCCGGACUUCGGGGGCUAAAGUCCCUGCUGUGCCCGACUGGUUCAUCUCGAGUGACGACGUGGGGUUCGACGCCAACGACCAGUUCGAUUGCGGGUCGUACGGCUCCGUGACCAGAGGAACGUGGGGAAAAGGAGCCAAAGUGGUGAUUAAGUCCCUUCUGAUGGACGACGAACAGGCCAAGGAGUCGUUCUUCAAGGAGGUGCAAGUCUGGAGGAAUCUCAACAAUCCUCACGUGGUCGAGCUGUUUGGCGCGUGCCAUGUGAGUACGCCUGCGUUCUUCGUGUGUGAAGACGCGAUCCACGGCAACUUUGCGGACCAUUUCAUGCAAGAUAAGAGCACUAUUUGGAGACUGUUCCAUCAAGCAGCAGUGGGUUUGGACUACAUUCACUCGCAGAAAGUGGUGCACGAAGACCUAAAGUGCAACAACAUUCUGAUCGGUGCUGACGACAACGCCAAGAUCUGCGACUUUGGCUUCAGCUACAUCCGCAGUCAAUCGGUGGGGCUGAGCAAGAAGGCGCAGACGGAUACAGUGCGCUGGAAGGCCCCCAAUGUCUGA